AUACCUCAACGAUAAAUUAAAAGUAAUCUACGAUGUGGAUCUUACGUUGUAAAUAACGCACUUACACGCUAUGACCUAGUUGCAAUAUAAACGUGUUAGCAGACCCUUCGAAGGCUGUCCCAUUCUUCCUACAGCCUGGUUGGUGGGGCGUCGCCGCGUGCUUCAUGCCUCAAACUAGUUGCCUCCGACCUAUCGGCCACGACGCACUUGUCGCCGUCCAAAACAAAACAAAACCGUGAAUGAACAGUUCAAACAUCAAACAACUAGUGAAGCAACAGUGAUGAUAAAGUGAAAUUGUUUUCGCAAGUUCAUUCAACAAUUACAAGAUAUCGGAUUUCGUACAAAAUAUUUAGCGUUGCCAGGUCGCCAAACCUGAUAGCCGGACAGACCAGCCAGUUUGGCCGGACAUUUGGUUAAAAAAGCCGGACACCCUAUAUUAUUGAGAAUUUAGAAUAGCGAUGGGUAUGGGAGGAGCAAUGGACAGCUGCGGGAGAUGUAUGAAGUUCUCAUUAAUAUGCAUUAAUGUGGUUACCUUCAUCGGAGGCGCUCUAGCUCUAGCAAUAGGGCUCUGGAUAUGGGUCUCCCGGUCGUUCUCCAGUACGCUGAUGAGCAACAACAUGUUCAUAGCGUCAGUGGGAGUGGUGGUGGCGAUGGGGGCAGCCAUGAUGGUGCUCUCGCUGCUCGGCUGCUGCGGCGCCGCCAAGGAAGUCAAGUGUAUGCUGCUCACGUACUACAUCCUGGUCUUCAUUAUCUUCGUGGUGAUGCUGGUAGGCGGGAUCCUACAGUUCGUCUUCCGAGAGAAGGUCAUCACUACCUUAGACCGGGAGUUGUACGCCGCGAUCCCGUACUACGGAGUACGGCAUGAGUACACCAAGUCUUGGGAUGACACCCAGACGUACCUGCAGUGCUGCGGAGUCAAAGGGUAUAAGGAUUGGAACGAUAAUGUGCCAGAGAGUUGCUGUCGAGAAGUCUACCCCGGGAAGCGGAUGGACUGCAAGGCAUCACCGAAUCCAACGACGAUGUACGUGGAGGGUUGUCUCAGUAAAGUCACAGACUUUCUGAGGGAAGACGCAGUAUACGUUGGUACUGCAGCCGUCAUUGUUGCGCUUAUAAUGUUGCUGGCUCUAAUAUUAUCGUGCGGAUUGUUCGUAAAAAUAGAAUGAUGACGACAUUAUGAAGACAUCGGAACUUGACAAAGUUAAUUGAGUAUUAAAAUAUGUACGAUUAUGAAUGUGUACCUGUGAUUUGUUUGAUUCGUAACGUGUGCCUUCAGACUUUUCUAUUUAUUUUUUAAAUACUUAUUUUGCAAUAAAAGUUUGAUUGCAAU